CCAAAUACGAAAAUUAAUGGGAAUUCACGUGCAAACGACGAUCCAAGUUUCCACGCGACGCGUUCCAAAUUUCGAUUGAGAGAGACGAUUAAGUGGUAGAGUAUAAGUGCUAAUUAGAUAUUGUUAUCGGAAUGGAAACAAUGGCGACCUUAAAAUGAAACUUCAAUAUCAAUGGGCAGUUGGUGGAGUGGGGCUAAUUUUAAAAAAACGUAUAUAAGCUAAUUACGCCCAAUUACGAUAUUGUACUGAUUUUUGAACGCGUCAAAAUGGAAAUUGCUCUCUUACUGGUUAUAUCCACGUUUGUAGCCGGAUUUUGGGCGAUGAAUAAUUUCGCAGACGUACCGUGUGGUAGACGCAAGUUGGGCCGCGCCGCGAAGGUGGUCGGGGGUGAGAAUGCCACAGAGGGCGAGUUCCCUUGGCUCGUCUCGCUGACGCGAAGAGGUGGGCAUUUCUGUGGAGGAUCACUGAUAACCAAGACCCAUGUGCUGACCGCCGGGCAUUGUUUGUGCAGCGGAUCGUCUCCCAUACCGACAAACCAAAUUAGAGUGACUGUAGCCCAGCACGACUUGGUCCUUCCAUCGCCUUACAAGUACGAACGGUCGGUACAUUCGGCAAUCCUACACCCAGAAUACAUCUGCAAUAAGGUAAAGAAUGACUUAGCCAUCUUGGAACUGGAAAAGGAGCUGGAAUGGUCAGACCGUGUUCUUCCCGCUUGUUUACCCGAAACAACUGGCGGUAAGCAACUGGACGACGUUUUGGCGACCGUCGCAGGCUGGGGAUGGACGAAUGAGAACAACCAGUUGGGUGGUAGAGCGGACACGCUGCAAAAGGCGACGGUGAACAUACUCAAAAUGGAAACGUGUCGUGCGUGGUACAAGUCACAGGGCAAAAAGACCAAAAUCCAUGACACGCAAAUAUGCGCCGGCUACGAACAGGGAGGAAUUGACUCCUGUUGGGCCGAUAGCGGGGGUCCACUAAUGGUGACUACUAACUCCGGGGAGCAAAUGGUCGUCGGUGUAGUAUCUACCGGUAUUGGAUGCGCAAGACCUCUUUUACCAGGAUUAUACACGCGCGUCUCCGACUUUAUCCCAUGGAUCGAGUCGGUGGUUAAGAAAUGA